AUGGGCCACCUAAUCACACUGGCUACCUCGUUGAACCAAUGGGCUUUAGACUUUCAGGGUAACAUGGAAAGAAUACUGGACAGUAUCGCUGUCGCUAAAAGACGAGGCGCGACGUUGAGAGUAGGACCUGAGUUAGAGAUACCUGGAUAUGGAUGUCUCGAUCAUUUCCUUGAAGGCGAUACCGUUCUUCAUUCAUGGGAGGUUCUGGCGAAGAUUCUGGCAUCUGAAGAGACUUCAGGAAUUGUGUGCGAUCUGGGAAUGCCUAUAGAACAUAAGAACACCAUAUAUAAUUGUCGUGUAAUUAUCCAAAACCGCAAGAUUCUCUUAAUUAGACCGAAGAUGUGGUUAGCUAAUGAUGGAAACUAUCGUGAACUACGAUACUUCACUCCCUGGACCAAACACAGACAAGUCGAGGAUCACUUUUUGCCAAGAAUUAUACAGGUUGUCACAGGCCAGACCAAAGUACCCUUCGGAGACGCGGUUAUCAGUACAGCUGAUACUUGCAUUGGGGUGGAAUUAUGCGAGGAACUAUUCACGCCUGCGAGCCCUCAUAUUCUCAUGGGAUUGGACGGUGUCGAGAUUUUCACUAAUUCUAGCGGUAGCCACCACGAACUGCGUAAGCUUUACACCCGCGUAGAACUGAUCAAGGAAGCUACAUUGAAGCUCGGUGGUGUUUAUCUGUACUCAAAUCAACAAGGAUGCGACGGUGACAGACUCUACUACGAUGGAUGUGCUUUGAUCGCUGUCAAUGGCCGAAUAGUAGCGCAAGGCUCACAAUUCUCCCUCAACGACGUCGAGGUAGUGACUGCUACGAUCGACAUCGAGGAUGUGCGUUCCCAUCGCGCGAAGAGUAGUCGAAGUAUGCAGGCAGCGCAGGCCGAGAAGUACCCACGAAUCGAGGUUCCGUUUGCUCUGUCACUUGGGAAAUUCGAGGAAGUACGUGAGGAAGAUAUGAUCGGGUUCUUGAGCACUAAGACGAUGGAGGUGAGGUAUCAUCGGCCGGAAGAAGAGAUUGCCCUAGGACCGGCAUGCUGGCUUUGGGACUAUCUCCGUCGUUCCCGCACCCAAGGCUACUUUAUCCCUCUCAGUGGUGGCAUAGACAGUUGUGCAACAGCUGUUAUCGUGUUCUCGAUGUGUCGCUUGGUCGCUGAGGCGGCGCGAAGAGCCGAUAAGCAAGUGAUUGCAGAUGCCCGCCGGAUUGCUGGGGAGCCGGAAGAUUCCGGGUACAUCCCUUCAGACCCUCGCGAAUUCGCGGGGAGGAUUUUCCAUACAUGUUAUAUGGGUACCGAGAAUUCCAGUGCAGAGACUAGGAAUAGAGCGAAGAAUUUGGCUGGUGCGAUUGGAAGCUAUCACAUUGAUUUAAACAUGGACACAGUCGUUACCGCAGUGCGGAACCUUUUUGGAUUCGUUACUGGUGUAAAACCAGAAUUUCGUGCGCAUGGAGGCUCGAAUGCAGAGAAUUUAGCACUGCAGAAUAUUCAGGCAAGGCUGCGGAUGGUCCUUGCAUACCUCUUUGCUCAGCUUCUUCCUUGGGUACGCGGGCGUGUCGGUGGUCUUCUUGUUCUCGGUAGUGCAAACGUUGAUGAGAGUCUUCGCGGUUAUCUGACCAAAUACGAUUGUUCUUCGGCUGAUAUCAACCCAAUCGGGGGAAUCAGUAAAACGGACCUAAAGAAAUUCAUUGCUUGGGCAGAAGGUUCAUUUGACUUGCCUAUCCUGAAAAGUUUCCUAGAUGCUACGCCUACCGCGGAGCUUGAGCCAAUUACGGAGAAUUAUGUGCAAGCUGAUGAGGCGGAUAUGGGUAUGACCUACGAUGAGCUCUCCGUCUUCGGUCGGUUGCGCAAGGUGGAGAAGUGUGGUCCGUACAGCACGUUCACAAAAUUGGUACACGAGUGGGGUGGGUUCUUGUCCCCUCUGCAGAUUGCAGAGAAAGUCAAGCUGUUUUUCUUCGAACAUGCACGGAAUCGACACAAGAUGACCACUUUGACACCUUCCUACCACGCUGAAUCAUACUCUCCGGAUGAUAAUCGAUUCGACCUCCGACCGUUCCUCUACCCCUCUCGAUUUCCCUGGCAGUUUAAGAAGAUUGACGAGGUCGCAGAGGCGUUGCCGGAUAGAUCAUAUCUAACUACGACGACUGUCGAUCAUAAGAAGACGGAUUGA